GGAGACCGCGUCCGUCUCGUCUCAAGGUAGUCUGAGUGGAGAAAGUAAUGAAGAUGGAAGGGGCCGAUUUUGUUGAAUUAUUGAGGAGAUUUAAAGAGUAGCGAAGUCAUAACCAUUUACUUGUCUUGUCGGAACCUCAGAGGACAGCGAUACCAGGAAAUUGACAGAUAGCAUGCCAGUAGAGGUGACUCCACUGCAGAUGAGGGAACAUGUUGGCUAUGGACCAAGGAGUGGUGGAGGAAUGGCUGUCAGAAUUUAAGACCCUCCCUGACAGUGCCGUGUCCACCUACGCCGCCUCACUGAAAGACAAAGGUGCCCUGGUCCCCGCACUCUACAAGGUCAUCCGAGAGAACUACAGUGAUUUGCUGGAGCCAGUGUGUCACCAAUUGUUUGAGUUUUACCGGAGCGGUGAGCCGCAGCUGCAGCGUUUCACGCUACAGUUCCUGCCAGAGCUCCUGUGGAGCCUCCUGUCUGUCAGCGCAGCCAGAGACCCCCACACCUCCGGCUGCAUCGAGGCCCUGCUACUGGGCAUAUACAAUCUGGAAAUAGUUGAUAAAGAUGGACAAAGUAGAGUGUUGUCUUUUACCGUCCCUUCCCUCUCCAAACCCUCAGUGUACCAUGAGCCUUCCGCCAUCGGCUCCAUGGCCCUUACAGAGGGGGCUCUAGCCAAUCAUGGGCUGAGCAGGGUGGUAUACAGCGGGCCACACCUGCAGAGGGAGACCUUCACGGCACAGAACCGAUUUGAGGUGCUGACCUUCCUGCUGCUGUGCUACAACGCUGCUCUCAGCUACAUGACCUCCACUUCCCUCCAGUCCCUCUGCCAGCUCAGCUCCAGGGUGUGUAUAUGUGGUUACCCACGGCAACAGAUGCGGCGCUACAAAGGCAUUAGCACACGGCUGACAGUCACGUCAGAGUUCCUGGUUCAGCUCAUCACGGGCAUACACUACGCCUUAUGUAAUGGGGAAGUUGAACUGGGAUCCAAAGCACUGGACGACGUUCUGUAUCGAGCCCAGCUAGAGUUGUUCCCUGAGGCUCUACUGGUGGGUAAUGCCAUCAAGUCAUCAAUGCACAGCGCAGCACUGAAGAGCAACAACAAGGAGGGUGCACGAAGUAUCCAGGUUGAGAUCACACCCACCUCCUCCAGGAUCUCCCGAAAUGCUGUCACCUCCCUCUCUAUCAGGGGACACCGCUGGAAGAGACACGACGCAGUGGAUCUGGGUUCCCCGGAUGAGUUGAUGGAUAUUUCGGAGGUGGAUGAAGGGGUGUGGCCAGGUGGGGUGGGGCCUGAAAUGACCCCACCCACCAUCACUAUCAGCAACAGCGUCACCACGUUGAACCUGGGGGCCAAGGCCAUGAAGAAGUGUCGGCUUGGCGGGCGCACCAGCAAGGACAAGGACAAGGAGGCAGGCCCUCUAAUAACAGGCCGGGCUGCCAGUGAGAACACAGAGCUGUCUGUCAAGCGGUUGACGCUCACUUCCAGCCAAUCAGUACCCAAGGCUGGAGCUCUCACCAGCCUGACCCGCACCGCCAGCGCUGUCUUCUCCCGCUCCUUCGAGCAGGUGGCCAGCGGCAACGCACCUCCCUCCAGUAACCACAAUGCCUCUGAAGCUGGUCGCUACACAUGCAGCCUGCAGGAGGAAGGGCUGGGGUACUUGAGUCCCACGCCAAACCACACGCAGCGCUCUCCCAGCAUCAGCGUGCACCUUGGCUCUGACCUUUGAACCCUUUGUAACUCCUGACUACCUGAACCCCCCUUUGAUCCUGUGACCCUGUACCUGUGACCUGGAACUCCAAGCCAUGCUGACUGCAAAAGAACCGCAAAGACAUGAACAAACAAUCCCGCUGUUUCCCGUCAGUGUUUUUAACGUCUUUGAUUCCGUGUGGUGUAAGCCAGCCUGCUGACCUGCUCUGUUCAGACAUCCGGAGCACCAUCAGCUCCCUCUGCUCCUCCACUCCAGCAGAGUCAACUCCUCUAGGCUUGAUAUAGGCAGGAUGUCAGGGAUACCACUUCAAGCUUCACUGAUUUUUUUGAACCACACUGUUGCCGUGAAGUUGUGCCAGGACAAAACUACACUCCCUAUUGUAAAAUGGGUGCACUUAAAACUCAUUACUAAAAACUGUGUGGAAAAGUAUUUGGAAAGUGUUUUUAAUCGGCGUUUGUUGCCCUGCAUGGCUUUUCCAUAGCUACAUCCUGAUCUUGCCCAGGUUUGUCAAAGGGCAGAUGUUGAGUAUGUGUGAGCAUGCUUGUGUGUGUGUACUGUGUGUGUGUGUGUGUGUGUGUGUGUGUGUGUGUGUGUGUGUGUGUGUGUGUGUGUGUGUGUGUAUGUAUGUACAGUUGUUUUUAGAAAAAGGCUGCUGAUGGAUACAGUGAACAAGGUAUGAUUUUCCUAGCUGAAAUAAGUGUUUCUACUACUUUUUUAAAAAUAAUAGAUCCAUUCCCAUAGCAAUACAAAUUUCUCCUACUCAGUGUUUUCUAUCUUUUGGGAAGAUUACCCAAACUCCCACUUCUUUUUUGUCAACAGUUACAACUAUGCUUCUUAAAAGAGUCCACAUUCUUCCCAUAAAACAUCAGGAAAAACAACCACUAAAUAAUCAAAACAGUCUGAUAAGAAUCGGUUCUUUAUGUUUACAUUUGCAUAGUAUUGUAAUCAAGAUAGAGAAGCAAUAUUUGUGUCCUUCCCCCUCGCUCCUUUAGCACCUUCCUGAAUUGCUGUGUAUUUGAUGGCAAAAAUAAAAAUCCAACUUCUGACAAACGA